AUGGUCGGUGUAAGAAACCUUCUCGUUGGUACCUGGCUCCUGCCAGCUGCCUAUGGUACUUUCUCAACAUCCGCCGCGGGCUCUCGCUCUGCUGCUUCUUCGACUAUUUCAUCGGCAUACUCACAAUUCACUAUUCCGAGUGAUUCUGAUUCGGGCGCGCAUCUAAUCGCCAAUAUCGAUGACCCGGAAGCUGUUGACGCACAGUCCGUGUGUCCAGGCUACAGGGCUUCCAACGUACGGGAGUCUUCUCGCGGCUUGACUGCAACCCUGAAGUUGGCAGGGAAGCCAUGCAAUGUCUAUGGUACGGAUGUGGACUCAUUAGAUCUUUCUAUUGAGUACCUCGCUCAUGACCGGCUCAAUGUUCAAAUUGUCCCGACUUAUCUUGAUUCUUCCAAUUCUUCUUGGUUCGUGCUGGAUGAGCAUGUCGUUCCCCGGCCUAGCUCCGAUAAGCAUGCUUCGGAGAGAAGAAGUGACCUUGAGAUUACCUGGUCGAACAAGCCGUCUUUCCACUUCAAGGUCACUCGUAAAGCUACUGGUGAUGCUAUCUUCGAUACCACUGGCUCGGUCUUGGUAUUUGAGAACCAGUUUGUUGAGUUUGUGACUUCUUUACCAAGAGAUUACAACUUGUACGGGAUUGGAGAGCAUAUCGAGCAACUGCGCAUCUUGAACAACCGCACUGUGACUCUCUAUGCAUCGGAUAUUGGUGAUCCUAUUGAUCUCAAUCUUUACGGAACCCACCCUUUCUAUCUAGACACCCGUUACUACGAGGUCGACCACAGGGGCCAUCACACCCUCGUUGCAGCUGACAACGCGGAUCAGUCUAAGGAUUAUGUCUCUUAUUCGCACGGUGUCUUCUUCCGAAACGCUCAUGGUCAGGAGAUUAUCAUGCAGCCUGAAGGUCUAACAUGGCGCACCCUGGGAGGCAGCAUUGAUCUCACCUUCUACUCUGGUCCCACUCAGGUAGAGGUCACCAAGAACUACCAGCUGAGCACCAUUGGCCUGCCGGCAUUGCAGCAGUACUUUACUUUUGGAUACCACCAGUGCCGCUGGGGCUACCAUAACUGGACUGAGCUUGAGCAUGUCGUCUCCAACUUUGAGAAGUUCGAAAUUCCUUUGGAGACUAUCUGGAAUGACAUUGAUUAUAUGCAUGGCUACCGCGACUUUGACAAUGAUCAGCACCGCUAUCCAUACAGCGAGGGUGAGGAGUUCUUGGACAAGCUACACAGCAGUGGCCGUCACUAUGUCCCCAUCAUCGAUGCUGCUAUCUAUAUUCCGAACCCUGAUAAUGUCUCUGAUGCCUAUGAUACCUACACCCGCGGGCAUAAAGAUGAUGUCUUCCUGAAGAACCCUGACGGAAGCGAGUACAUUGGCGCUGUCUGGCCCGGUUAUACUGUCUUCCCCGACUGGCACAACCCGAAGACAAAUGAUUUCUGGGCGAACGAGAUCGUGACCUGGCACAAGAAAGUUGCCAUUGACGGCAUCUGGAUUGACAUGAAUGAAGUCUCCUCCUUCUGCGUCGGCAGCUGCGGAUCUAAAAACCUGAGCAUGAACCCCGCUCACCCUCCCUUCGCACUCCCCGGCGAGCCUGGCAACGUGAUCUACGACUAUCCCGAAGGAUUCGAGCUGAGCAACAAGACCGAAGCCGCAGCCGCGUCUUCGGCAGCGUCUAGCCAGGCUGCCGCCGCUGCAACCGGUGACUCUGGCCCUUCAUCCACAACCCCUUAUCUGCGUACCACACCCACUGCAGGAGUACGCAACAUCAACCACCCACCUUACGUGAUCAACCACGACCAGGACGGUCACGAUCUCGCCGUCCACGCCGUCUCACCGAACGCCACCCACUACGACGGCGUCCAAGAAUACGACGUACACAAUCUCUUCGGCCACCAAAUCCUCAACGCCACCUACCACGGCCUGCUGAAAGUCGACUCCAACAAACGCCCCUUCAUCAUCGGCCGCUCGACCUUCGCCGGCUCCGGCAAAUGGGCCGGCCACUGGGGAGGCGACAACGCCUCGAAGUGGGCCUACAUGUUCUUCUCCAUCCCCCAAGCCCUCUCCUUCUCCCUCUUCGGCAUCCCCAUGUUCGGCGUCGACACCUGCGGCUUCAACGGAAACACCGACGAAGAACUCUGCAACCGCUGGAUGCAACUCUCCGCCUUCUUCCCCUUCUACCGAAACCACAAUACCCUCUCCGCAAUCCCGCAGGAGCCCUAUGUCUGGGACUCCGUAGCCAAAGCCACCAAAUCCGCCAUGCAAAUCCGCUACGCCAUUCUCCCCUACUUCUACACUCUCUUCCAUGAGGCACACACCGAGGGGACGACGGUCAUGCGCGCUCUCGCUUGGGAAUUCCCAACUGACCCUUCCCUCGCCGCCGUCGACACACAGUUCCUGCUCGGUUCGGCGCUCAUGAUCAUCCCCGUGCUUGCGCCACAGGCUACUUCAGUCAAGGGUGUCUUCCCGGGCCUCAAGCACGGAGAGGUCUGGUAUGACUGGUACAGUCAUGAAGCCGUCGAUGCGAAGCCAGGCGUUAAUACCACUAUCCCCGCGCCACUGGGCCAUAUCCCUGUUUUCGUCAGGGGUGGCAGUGUCUUGCCGAUGCAGGAGCCGGCGUUGACGACUAAGGAGGCGCGUGCUACGCCUUGGUCUUUGCUUGUUGCGCUUGGUGGACAUGGGGCUGCGUCUGGGCAGCUGUAUCUUGAUGAUGGGGAGAGUAAUGUGCCGGAUGAGACCCUUAAUGUUGAGUUCACGGUUGAGAGAUCGGCUCUCAGUGUUAAGGCGAAGGGGAGAUGGGAGGAGGUGAAUCCGUUGGACAGGGUUACUGUUCUUGGUGUUGAGACAAGGCCUGGUGUUGUUAGGUUUGGUGGGGAGGUGGUGUCUGCUGAGCAUGUACAGUGGAACUCUACUUCGCGUGUGCUUUCUGUGGGUGGAUUGCAGAAGUUGACUGGUAAGGGUGCGUUUAGUGGGAACUGGACUUUGAAGUGGUAG